AUGAGUGGUGCUGCCUGUGUCUUGAGUGGACAGCCCUUUGACACAGUCAAAGUCAAACUGCAGACCUUUCCCCACCUGUACCGAGGGUUCCUGGACUGCAGUCUGAGGACUUAUCGCCAGGAGGGGCCCCAGGGUCUGUUUCAGGGGACCGGGCCAGCUCUGCUGGCCAACGUGGCUGAGAAUGCCGUGCUUUUCGCCUGCUAUGGCACGUGUCAACGGAUCACCACUGGACUAUUAGGACUGGACAAGGUCUCUGAACUGAGUGACCUGCAGAAUGCUGUGGCUGGCUCAAUGGCAUCUGUGUUCUCCUCCCUGGUGCUCUGCCCCACAGAAUUGGUCAAGUGUCGUAUGCAAGCCCUCCAGGAGAUGAGGAAGGAGGGGAGGACCUUGCUGGCUUCCCGCGUGUCUGCCUAUGCUGUGGUGAAGAGUAUCCUUCAACAGGAAGGCCCUUUGGGCCUAUUUGAAGGGAUGACUAGCACCUGGCUAAGGGAAGUGCCUGGCUACUUCUUCUUCUUUGGUGGCUACGAGAUCUGCAGGAGCUUUCUCACCAGGCCUGGACACUCAAAGGAUGAGAUGGAUGCCACUCGACUUGUGAUAAGCGGGGGUGUUGGCGGUGCUUUGUUUUGGCUGGCUGUGUACCCCAUCGACUCUGUCAAAUCCCGUAUCCAGGUGCUGUCGAUGUCAGGCAAGCAGGCGGGGUUCCUCGCGACACUGGCAAAGAUCAUACGCACUGAGGGUUGCAUGGCCCUGUACUCUGGUCUUACCCCCACCGUCUUACGAGCCUUCCCCUCAAAUGGAGCUCUUUUUCUGGCCUAUGAGCUGACCAAGCAGGCCCUGUCCAAGCAAAUCUCCAGCAGUUGA